AUGGACAGGGCCUGGCGGCAGUGGGGGACGACCCUCCUCCCCAUCUGCCUCGCCCUCGCCUUCUCCCUCACCGCCGUGGGCAGCAGCCACUGGUAUGAGGGGACCCGGAAGGUGGCAAAGCCACUGUGCCGGGACCACCCAGGAGAACUGCCUUGCAUUCACUUCACCAGGGACAGCAGGAGGGACAACGGGAGCCAGGCUGUCCAGUACAUUUGGGAAACGGGGGACGACAAGUUCAUCCAGCGCAGGUUCCACGUGGGGCUCUGGCAGUCCUGCGAGGAGAGCCUCAGCAGCACAGGUGAAGAGUGUAGAAGUUUCCAGAGUAUAAUACCAGCUGAAGAACAAGGUGUGCUGUGGCUGUCUGUUGGAGCUGAGGUCCUAAAUAUCCUUCUGAUGUUGACAAGUGCCAUCCUCCUGGGCUCCAGAAUGAGUUAUCGCAGUGCUGGGGUCCACUGGUUCAAGGUGGAUGCCUCUGUAGCCAUCCUCUUGGUGCUUGCAGGGCUCCUAGGUAUGCUGGCACACAUCAUGUACACAACCAUUUUUCAAAUCACCGUGAACCUUGGGCCAGAAGACUGGAGGCCUCAGACGUGGGGCUAUGGCUGGUCAUACUGUCUCGCCUGGGGUUCUUUCGCCCUCUGCAUGGCGGUGUCAGUCAUGGCCAUGAGCAGAUACACGGCAGCCCGCCUGGAAUUCACAGAGAAGCAGAGGAUACAGAAGGGCAGUCAACACUCUCAACACAACUUCCUGGAACCCAAGCCUUCGGAAAGAGCUCGGGAAAGAGAAGCUGCUCCCAGCCCUGAGGGGCAUGCCCUCAUGAGUUUAUCUGAGUACCUGCCACCAGGUGCCCCAGUCAAGGUGUCCAUGUGUUAGCCAGUGCUCGUGGCUGCUGGAUCUGCACAGGCAGACAAGCCAGGCACUUCAGUCUACUAAUGAACACCUCUGGGGUAGGCUUCAGAAUGCUGUGGUCCAGGUAAACCUUCUACCCACCAUCUCAUCCUUCACUAAAGAGCUUUAGCUUCAGCUUCUGAUUCCCGUUAAAAUGCCAGCAUCUUCAAGUGAGAUAACACUUACAGAAUAUAUCGGCCAUUGACACUCUAGUAUAAAUUAACAUCUCAGGCUUUCCUGACAGUGAGUUUAAUAAGGAUAACAAAGAAAAAGGGAGCAUGUGAGCACUAAGAGAAGCUGAGGAAAGGGGAAAGAAAGACUCUAACUGCAAAGAAUGUAAAAUGUGUUGCCCAUACAGCUUUGUUGACAGAAGAGUCCAGAUAUUUUUUCCUUAACUGACACACACAAACUGAUAGUAUGUAUGACUAUCCCAUGCUUUCUUUUUAAUUUUAAUCAAGAAGACAUGAAUUUCAAAAUAACUUUUUUGUCAUUUUAAAAAUACUUUUUCUUUGAAAUUUGGUAAUUUCUAUCUAUAGUAAAAUCAGUUUGGAAGGAUAAUCAAAUGAUAAAACAAAAUGAGAACAGUCAAAUGGAAUGACAUCUUAUCAUAGUUAAGUGGAACAAAUGUUUGAAUUGUGCUUAAAUUGCGAGGCACUCUUGCUUCUAAAACUAAACACUGCUAAACAUGCCAGUCUUGUUUGCAGCAGUGUUCCCUAAUGUGUUCAGUUACAAUAUUGUAUAAAUUUAUCUUAUAUUUUAAAUUAACCAUGUUAUAGAAGCCACAGGUUAGACACGUAAGUUAGGUUUUUGAAAAUAAAAUGGACUGCCAAAUUC